AUGGACGGGUUGAACACAAGGAGGAUUGUCCUACUGGGGAAAACUGGAGCUGGGAAGAGCAGCCUGGCUAACACCAUAUUUGGAGAGGCCACAUUCAAAAUAAACCAUUUUAAUGACUUGAAAACACAUUUUUGUGAAGCAGAAACCAAAUCUGUCAAUGGAAGAAGCAUCACUUUGAUCGACACUCCUGGUUUCUUUGACCCAGGCAGGUCUGAGGAGGACAUGAAGCCUGAGAUGGUGAGGUGUAUCACUGAGUGUGCUCCUGGGCCUCAUGCUUUUCUCAUUGUGCUUAAAGUGGAGAAAUUCACCGAGCAGGAGAAAGCUGUCAUCACAAAAAUGUGUGAAUAUUUCUCUGAAGAUGCUUUCAAAUAUGCUGCAGUUGUCUUAACCCAGGGUGACCAGCUCCCAGAAGGGAUGACGAUUGAAGAGUUUGUCAAUGAAAGUGAGCAUAUGAGUGAUCUGGUGAAGAAGUGCGGCGGCCGGUGCCACGUUGUUGAUAAUAAAUACUGGAAGAUCAAACAGCAGGAUGAAUACAGGAGCAACCAGUUCCAGGUGGCAGAGCUGCUCAACACCAUAGACAAGAUAGUGUUGGAAAACAAUGGAGGCUACUACACCAAUGAAAUGCUGCAAACAGUGGAGAGAGAAAUACAGAAAGAGGAAGAGUGCAUCAGACUGUCAUCAGGAAACAUGACACAGGAAGAGAUCAGACAGCAGGCUAAAAGCAGAGUCCUUGAGAAGCAUUUGAACAAAGCACCACGGACAUGGAUUAGAGCUUUUGUGGGUUUGGCGAUCAUAGCUGGAUUACUAGCAACUGUGUUGAAGUCAACAUUUAUGAAGGUAUUAACAGAGGUAUACCACAUAACACCACUAGCAACAGUGGUAGAUGAACAAAUAGCCAAGACAGCAAGAGUGUCUCCACCAGUCAGUGCAAUAGAAAAGGUAGUUGAGGUAGCAAUUACACCAGUGGAGGCAAUACAGAAGACAUUUGAUGCUGUCUUGAACAAACUUUAUGAUUAAUACAAUAGAACAUACAAUCUUUGGAACAAAAUUGAAUGAACAUUGAAGCAGAAUCCACACAGAGUAAAUAAG